AUGUCGCUCUCUGCCAAGUCACUCAUUACCUCCCUCUCCCUCUCGCUUCUUAGCGCCCUCCCCUCGCUCGUCUCCGCCCAUGGCCACGUGACGAACAUCAAAAUCCAAGGGCAAGAAUUUCCCGGAUUCCCUUCAGACAAUCCCUACGGAGCUCCAUACUCGACAAUCGCCUGGUCGGUCAACGUUCCUGACAACACUUUCGUUCGCGAAUACAGCAAUCCAGAUAUCAUCUGCCACAAACAAGCUGUCCCGGGGACAUCUUCUGCUACCGUAGAGGCUGGUGGCAGCGUUGAAUUUCAGUGGACAGCAUGGCCGACACAUCAAGGACCAGUAGUCGACUACAUGGCUGAAUGUCCUGGCAAAUGCGAGGACGUCGACAAGACACAACUCAAAUGGUUCAAAGUUGCUGAACAGGGCCUGAUAAGUACGACCGGUUGCAAUGUCAAGGGCAACACUGGUUGCUGGGCCCUGGACAAGUUGAUUCAGGCAGGCAACAAAUGGUCAGUGCAGGUACCAGCGGGUCUUAAGGCGGGAAACUACGUCAUGAGGCACGAAGUCAUCAACCUAGACUUUCCUGGACAGUCGCAAAACUACCCUGCUUGUAUCAACCUGGUUGUCACAGGGGGUGGAUCGAGCGUGCCAGACGGUGUUGUGGGUACUUCGCUGUACACUGGGCAGGAGGAGGGUCUGAACUUCAUCAUCUACGAUAUGAAAAGCGAUGCAACCUAUCCCAUCCCUGGACCACCCGUUGCUACCAUGGAUGGCGGAUCCGGUGACACUUAUGGAAGCGAUAUUGCUCCCGUGGACGACGGAUCCGGUGACACCUAUGGAAGCGACGUUGCUGCUUCGGUAGGCGAUGACACGACUUCGGCAGGUGCCGUCAGUGAGUGCUCAAGCGGAAAGCUGAAGGUUAGAGCUCGCAAAUGGGUGGCGUGA